AAUAGGUCUUUAUAAUCACCUCAAGAACUUUGUCUACACCAACGUGUUCCAGGCCAUUGUGAAACUUAUAAAAUACAGGGUGGGCCAUCUAUAUGAGACGGAAAAGACAAUAUUGUAGUAGUAGUAAUUGUAUAUAAGCAUAGUAGUAUAAGUCCCAUUGCAAUAUUAGAAUGUAAGAACCUAAUUAUAAGAGUCGCGAAUGUAAACAGUACACACAUACUUGCUGAAUAAAUGAAGAGUCAGUCGUCGCUGAACUGUCACAGAGCCGCACACUAAAGCUCAGAAGUGGUCGGACCUAGCCAAGUGAUCAUUUCAAAAGAAAAAGAAAAAUCGGUAUUAAUGAAUUGUAAUCCUGGCAAUUACACAUUAAAAGAACUAAAAGCUCUGUGCGUGCAAAACAAACUUAAAAGUAGUGGCACAAAAAUCGAAUUGAUUAAAAGACUUGAAAAUAUUAAAUUUGAGUGGUGCGCGCAUGAAAAAAAUAAAACAGCAAUGAAAAAAAUCAACGCCACAGAACAAACCGGUGAAAUGAAAACAACGGCAACGGCGAAGAACAAAGUAGCGAAAAAGAGAUAGCAAGAAGUAGCGACAACGACGGCGACACGAUGACGGCGACGUUUGCACAUACAUACAAAGGAAUGCAAGAAACAGAAGGUUCGAGAAAAGUAACGGGAUCUUGUGAAAUGAAUGUUAACAACGAAAAUGAGAUCAAGCAAUGUUCUCAGAGGCAGAUGGUGAGCGCCAGCAACAAUGAGUCCAACAAAUGUUUAGCGAUCCCGAUGGUUAUCAACAAUGAUCCUGAAAUGCAAAUGGCUGGCAACAAGGAGCCGCAACAAUGUAUUGGAAACCAAAUGAUGCGCCACAAUGUAACUAUGCAAAGCAGCGAUAUUCAAAGACCGGAAAAUGAGUUGAAAAUAUUGAAGCUGCAAAAUGAGAUCGACCAGUUAAAAAAUAAACAACAACGAAGUAACGACACAGACUCAAGCAUUUCUUUCGAAAUUUUAAAGGAGAUCGUUAAGGUAUACGAUGGCGGAAACAAUUUCAAUGUUUGGCUAUCUCAACUUUUGAAUGUCCAGAAAAAUUUCAAGGUCGGCGACGAGAUGAUGCGUGCGCUGAUUCACUACAAAGUUAAGGGCGAUGCUGAAAUAUGGCUGUAUUCAAGCACGAGCGCUACUAUGGACACAGCGGAUAAAAUGUUAAGCCACCUGGAGAAAAUGUUCGUAAUGUCCAAAAAGUCAAAGUUGAGUAUGCGACAGAACCUACAGAACUGCGUCUGGAUCAGAGGUGAGGAGUGCUCCAAGUACUACAACGAGAAGUGGCAGCUGGCGGAUAACUUAGCACUGGCAGAGGAUGAAUUUUUGGAAUAUGUCAUUGACGGCAUACACGAUGUCAAUCUACGCAAUCUGGCUAAGUCGCGUUUGUUCAAGACCGAAUUGGAGCUUUUGAAGGCAUUCCGAAAUGUUGAGUUGGGCUACGUUCCUAAGCCCAAGUUACCAGAAGACCGUAGAGCAGGAAAUUAUCAGAAGCCACGAGGUAAUGCAGAGUGCUACAAUUGCCACAGUCGGGGCCACCUGGCCAAAGAGUGCCGCAAGCCUAAGAGAUAAGAUGGGGCUUGUAACGCAUGUGGCUUGCAAGGACAUGUGGCUAAGGAGUGCAACCAAUACAAGAAGUCGAAGGGCGGGGACAACGAUUAUAAUGUCUCAUAGAUUCUGGCAGCCCGAUAAGUAUUAUUAAAAAACGUUUUAUACCAAGUCAAAUAAAAAUGGAAAAGACUACCUCUUUAAGUUACGUUGGAUUAAAUUUAAGUAAAUUACAAAUACAUGGAAGCGUAAAAUGUUCAGUUAAAUUCUCAAAUAAAGAUACUCCUAUGGGA